GGAAACACUAUACAAUAUCAAUCACAAAGCAUUUGUUUUAGUCUUCUAUUCAAUUGUAUGUAGUUUCAUUUAUAUUUUUUGAGUGAAUAGCUUUUGUAAUUCAACAAUAUACAAAAUAGUGAAAAAAUGGAUGAGUUAUCUGAAUACUCCUCAGAAAUUCUGGAAUUUUUACCAACACAACAGUUGGGGAAGCAAUGUAAAGUGGUCGAGGCUUGUGUAAGCACCGACAUGGAAGCAAGUUGUCAGGAUAAAUCUGUGGAAACGACUCUUCAUUCACACACAAGCACACAAACAGAACUUUCCACCUCAAUGGAUAGACAUCUAGACGAUCAAAAACUUGCGACGUGGUUAAGGAAAAUUUAUCCCGCUGUUGAGGCACAGCUACUCAAAGGAACUACUCCCUUAAAUGACAAUGAUGAAGGUGUUCAGAACGCUAUUACCUCUUUCAGUGAAAAUUUGAACAUACAAUUAUAUCAGAAGAUUACCUUCGGAGGAGCGGAAAAUUCACAAGGCAUCGCAACAUGGUUGUCGGUGCACACAAACAAUGCACCCAUGCUGGUAGUAAGCACCAAAUCACCACAUGACAACUGGUGUGAUCAUUUGCAGCAAACCCUGAAGCUGUUCGUACCCAAACGCAUACAAACUGGAAAUCUAGUUGCUUACGCUGAAUGCAAAAGUGUUCCGCUUAAGGCAUGCCUAGGUUCUAUGAGUACGAAUACAUAUAAUAAGAGCAUAUUUGCUGGCUCCACUCUGGACGGUGACAUACACGUAUGGGGCUGUCGAUCAAAUAAUCGAGUUGGAAAUAAUAAUACAUGGAAUGGAGGGAAUUCGGUCAGUUCAUAUGAAAUUGACGAACUCUGCUGUGCAUCAUCCCUUCAUGGUUCUGCUGUGGUGUUGUGCUGGUCAAGCGAAAAUCGUCUGCUUAGUUUUCAUUCCAAUGGUUUUAUCAUAAGCUGGGCUGUGGGCAAAGAAUUGCUAAUGGAAAAUGACUUCCAACUAAAAGUGCAACCCAGCGAGAUUACAGCGGCCGUUUCUUUGAGUUCCAAUACCUUCGUAGUUGGUGUCAAGGAUGGCUCGAUAUAUUUGUGCACUAUAACCAGUUUCAGUACAAUGCGAAAACAAAUGGAAAUUGUGCCGUUGAAAAAACAUUCAUUUAUGAUCUCAACAUUAAUAAAAACCGUGAUCAAUGGCUGUCAAACGGUUAUAAGUUGUGAUUUAAGCGGACAAGUCGUUUACCACAGUAUACCACAUAUAGAAGAGGAAAAUCAGGAGGUUACACGAAUUCCUUUGCCAUUCAAGACUACAAUUGCCUGUUCUAAGGAUGGACAUGUUAUAUAUUCUCCCGGAAGUGAUGGCUCUUUGGAGUGCUAUAACAUAGUCAGUGGAGUUCAUACCGUUGUUGAAGGUGCUUUACGUGGCAAAGGGAAUUUCAUCGCAUGUAGUGAUAAUGGAAACUGGAUAAUCACUGGGCUUUAUGCAGAUGACUUCCAAAUAUUCUAUAUAGAAAAUUAGAUGUCGCAAAUGAAGAAUUCGGCAUACAUAUAUGUGUUUAUAAAUAUAUAUAUAUUUUUUUUAAAGGAACAUCUGAAAUUUGCUAGUCCCAAUACUGCAAUGUGUAAAAAACAACAAUAAUAAAUAAUAUUAUUUUAUCAUAAUUGGAAUUUAUUGUGUAUAAUUUUACUAUAUACAUACGAGUUUAUAAUUAUUUCUUCGUUUACCAAACUUAUACACAAAUAUUAGUUGUAAUUUUUAUGAGUAGCUUCAUAACCGCACAUUCAUCAUUCAAGUGUAUUGAAAAUAAAAUGUGUUUUUAUAAUUUAUUUAAAAUAUAGAUACAAUAUAAAAAUUUGCAUUCGUUUUCUUCAAUACAAUUAUCAGACAUUCAAACAUUUAAUUCAAUUUGUUAACAAAUCACAGACAUAAAAUAUUAAACAUGUACACACAUAUUUUUGUUACAAUUUCUAAGACCCACUUAGCUCGAGAAGUAAUCCUAAAACAAUUUAUUAAACAAAAAUGCCUGUGAUCGAAAACGGUGCUAGGAAGACUAUAUAGGAAUUUAAUAAAAUAAAGAAAAGGUAGUUGUUGCCUGUGAGCUUUGUACAUUGCAUUUUAAAUGUGCCUUAUAUCAGCGAUAUUAGUAUUUUCUACCUUGCUACAAGAAAGCAAAACGAUUUACAAAACAAUACAAUUAUACAUGCUCUUUCACGUAUAUAUUUUUUAGUUCCUUUUUCGUAAAUAAGAGUGUAUGUAUGCAAGAUUGAAUACACAGAGAGUGUAUUUGAUAUAUGGUGACAUUUUAUUGAUACAUUUAACGCUAUAUGAUCCUAGAAUUUCUUACUGUUUACAUAAAAUCGUCUAUAUAGUAUUAUGAAGUUGUUUCCUUUGCAGAAUAUCAGAUCGAUAGUAAUACAUUAAAAUUGUAAAGAUAUAAAUUUAACAAUUUACAUAAAACAUAUCAAAAAUAUAUAUAUAAACUUGUAUAAUGGAAAAAGCGGAUACUUAACGCGUACAAAUACAUGUACAUAUAAUGAAAUCAUCUAAGCGUUGAAAUGUUGAAUUUUUCAAAUUUGGCACCGCCAAAAUAUAGUGUUAAUACAAUUUCCUAUCAGCAUACGCUUGCAGAGUUUGCAAAAAAUAAUACAAUAAAUAAUCUUUUGAUCAUACAAAUAUAUAAUAAUUAAAUACAUAAUUAGAUGUCUGCAUGACAUGAUAUAUACUAAACGUAUGGAUAGACUAACAAAAAUGAUAUUGAAAGAAAUUCGGCUAUUUAUAUAUAUUUAUGGUACAACAAAGAGUACGCCUAGAUGAUGAAUUGCCAACAGAUCACGACGUCCGACGCCAGUUUUGAAAAGAACCUUGUUAAAUGAUGACUAAAUAUGUAUUACCAAUUAAUUGAAUAAGACAG